GAAUUGGCCCUCGUCAACUGACCUGCCCCGCCUUCUCGAACCCUAUCGUGUAUAGGCAGGUUACUCACGAGGCAGGUUAUGUACUGCACCGCCGUCAGUUCUGACUAUAUAUCCCCUGCCCAAGGUGGGUACUCCUGAUAGCUUCACCAUGAGCGACGUCCAGCUGCGCGACGUCACGACCCUCGACUAUACAGUCGUCUUGAGUACUCUGCUACUGAGCAUCCUGCUUUACGUCUUUGCUCAGAGACGGAGUUCUCAGUAUCGUGGCACUCCACAUCCACCCGGACCCACGGGAAUUCCUGUCCUCGGCAACCUCCUCCAAGUCAAUGUUCUCCGACCCUACCCGCAAUUUCUCGCGUGGGCACGCGAGUAUGGCCCCAUCUUCCGCGUCCGCAUGGGCUUCACGCAAAUGGUCGUCCUGAAUACAGCCGAGGCCGCUGAUGAACUCCUCGUCAACCGUGGCACGAUCUACUCCGGACGUGCUAGCCCACACGUUGCAAUGGACCUUGUCAGUGACGGGCAGCGCAUGGUUUUCCUGGGCUAUGAGCAUGCCUGGCGGGUCGUACGGCGAGCACUGCAGGGUGUCAUCGGCCCUGGUCCUUCACGUCAGCUUCGCAGGAUGCAAGAGUUUGAGUCGCGCGUCCUGAUGCAUGAUCUACUUCUGCACGGUGACCAGAGUGUCAUUGAGGAACACAUCCAGGGCCCUAGUGGCGAGGUUCCUGAGAGGCACUGGUUUGCAAUAAUCAGGCGAUACACAACGGGAGUAGUUCUGAACAUGACAUAUGGUCAACGCGUCAACAGAUUGAUCGGUCAUCCCUACCUUCACCGCAUCUACAAUGUGAUGGGAAACUUUACUAAAGUAUCUCAACCAGGCAACUACAUGGCGGACGGCUUCUCAGUUUUGCGAUGGCUUCCCGACUUCCUCGCACCUUGGCGGAUUGAAGCGCGUAAGAUGCACGUCUGGGAGAUGGACCUCUGGGGCCGACUCCUUGAGGAGUGCCGCGCAACCUUUAAGUCCGGGAUCGCCCUCGCGGGCUUCGUCCCGACCUACCUGCGGGCACGAGCCGACGCUGGGCUAGAAGACCUCCCCGGCGGCGGGGUCUCUUCCACCGCCCCAGCAGGUCCUUCGGACACCAGCGCCUCCGGAUGGAUGCGCGACAAAUUACUGGCGUACACUGCAGGGUCGAUGCUCGAGGCGGGCUCAGAUACAACUGCGGCGACGAUCGAGACGUUCAUCAUGUUCAUGCUUCACAACCCCGACGCACUCAAGCGCGCACAGCUAGAGGUUGACGAGGUCGUGCCGGUGGCUCAGGGGCGCUUGCCUAGUUGGGAAGACGAAGAGAGGUUGCCGUGGGUCAUUGCUUGCAUCAAGGAGACACUCCGGCGUCGUCCUCCGACCAUCAUGGGUGUACCUCAUCGCGCAGAUGCAGACGACGUCUACGAGGGAUACUUCAUACCGAAAGGGACAACCGUGAUCGGCAACAUCUGGGCAAUCCACAUGGACGCCUCCCGGUACCCCGACCCGCUCGCCUUCCGCCCCGAGCGGUGGUACACACCCGGAAAGCCCACCCGCUGGGCGAGCGGGCCGACCUCGCAAGAUCGCGACCAGUACGCCUUCGGAUGGGGCCGGCGCUUCUGUCAGGGCAGUUACAUGGCCGAGGCCUCGCUCUUCAUCGUCCUCACGCGCCUGCUAUGGGGCCUCGACAUCUCCUGCCCGCCCGCCCGCCUCCCGGACCCGAACGACGAGGAGACGACCUGGACGGACGGCUUCAUCCCCGUGCCGAAGAUAUUCCCGGCUGCGUUUCGCGUGCGGUCGGAGGCGCACGCAGAGGUCAUACGGAAUGUGUAUGCGGACGUGCAGAGGGAGUGGCAGGUGUUGGGGCUCGCGGUAGAUGAGCGAUAG